CGCGUGCCUUGGGCUGGCCCCGCCCCCCGGAGACCGGCUUUGAGCGCUGAUUGGCCCGCGCCGGCCUCGCUCCGGGUUGGCGGGAGGUCUCCGAGCCCGCCGUGCCGCGGUGGAGUAACCUGAGAGCAACCGUCUGAGGCCUGGGGCGUCUGGGGAAGGCUGCCCGCCGGCCCGGCCCCCGCUCACUAGCCUCGGUUUUCCGCAGCAGGGAAGUUGCUGAGGGUCAGGAAGGAGAAUCUGUACCUGACUCCUUGAACAUCAAGGGAGGCAUGGCUGCCUGGGUCACUGAAUUGUGGGAAACCAAAAUGAGGCAUAAUCAGCUAUGUUGUGAGACACCACCUACUGUCACUGUACAUGUAAAAUCAGAGUCAAAUAGAUCACAUCAGCCUAAAAAACCCAUUAACCUGAAGCGUCCUAUUUUUAAAGAUAGUUGGCCAGCAUCUGAAAAAAAUGCACAUAAUAGCGACAAGUCUAAACGCCCCAAAGGACCCUGUCUAGUUAUACAGCGUCAGGAAAUGACUGCUUUCUUUAAAUUAUUUGAUGACGACUUAAUUCAAGAUUUCUUGUGGAUGGACUGCUGCUGUAAAAUUGCAGACAAGUAUCUUUUGGCUAUGACCUUUGUUUAUUUCAAGAGAGCUAAAUUUACUAUAAAUGAGCAUACCAGGAUAAAUUUCUUUAUUGCUCUGUAUCUGGCCAAUACAGUUGAAGAAGAUGAAGAAGAAUCCAAAUAUGAAAUUUUUCCAUGGGCUUUAGGGAAAAAUUGGAGAAAAUUAUUCCCUGAUUUCUUAAAGUUAAGGGACAAACUCUGGGAUAGAAUUGACUAUAGGGCUAUUGUAAGCCGGCGAUGCUGUGAGGAGGUUAUGGCCAUUGCUCCAACCCAUUAUAUAUGGCAACGAGAACGCUCUGUGCAUCACAGUGGAGCUGUUAGAAACUACCACAGAGAUGAAGUUCAACUGCCCCGGGGACCUAGUGCCACACCGGUAGAUUGUUCACUCUGUGGUAGAAAAGGAAGAUACGUUAGACUGGGAUUGUCUUCAUCAUCUUCAUCCAGUGAUACAGUAGAGGUGGUGGAGAAACAUUCUCAGGAAUCACACAACUCAUUCCCAAUGGACAUAAUAGUUGAUCCUUCUCAAGCUUAUAGCUGUUUUCAAGCCAAUGACCAUCAAUCAAACAAAGAAAAGAAAACUAAUUUCAUGAAGGAAGACAAAUCUAUGGAGUGGUUUACAGGAAGUGAAGAAUGAGAUGGCUCAACUGAACAAACUUGGAAUCAUUAACUACAAAAUGUCAAACUAACUGCAAGACAAGUGUCAAAAUGGGACAUUUAAGCAGUUUCGAAAUGUUACACAUUUUUCUCUAGCUUUUGUUACUUUUCAAAAUUACAUGUAAAAGUUAUACAAAUCAUAGUAGUAGCUAAGAAUAUCAAUCUAUGAAAGUAGUGAUUUGCAAUACAAAGUUCUAUUUUGA